AUGGGCUUGGACAUGAUGAACUGCGAGCUUCUCGCCACAUGCAGCGCCCUCGGAUACCUGGAAGGGGACGUUUACCACAGAGAGCCAGACUGCUUGGAGAGCGUGAAGGAUCUGAUCCGCUACCUGAAGCACGAGGAUGAGACGCAAGAUGUGCGCCGGCAGCUCGGGGCGGCCCAGAUCCUCCAAGGGGACCUCCUGCCCAUCCUGGUCCAGCACCGCCAGGACAAGCCGCUCUUUGAUGCCGUAGUCAGGCUGAUGGUGAACUUGACCCAGCCGGCCCUGCUCUGCUUCGGUAAAGUGCCCCAGGAUCCCAGCUUCCGGCACCAUUUCCUCCAAGUGUUGGGUUACCUGCAGUCCUACAAAGAAGCCUUCGCCAACGAGAAGACCUUCGGGGUCCUCAGCGAGACGCUCUACACGCUGCUGCAGCUGGGCUGGGAGGAGCGUCAGGAAGAAGACAACCUGCUCAUUGAGCGCAUCCUCCUGCUGGUCAGAAACGUUCUGCACGUCCCCGCUGACCCCAGCCAGGAAAAGCACGUUGAUGACGAAGCCAGCAUCCACGACCGGCUGCUCUGGGCCCUGCACCUCAGCGGCCUCGACGACCUGCUGCUCUUCUUGGCCAGCUCUGCGGCCGAACAGCAGUGGAGCCUCCACGUGCUAGAGAUCGUCUCCCUCGUGUUCCGGGACCAGAACCCUGAGCACUUGGCAGCCGCGGGCCAGGCACGCUCGGCCCGGGAGCAGGGCGCUGACACGGUGGAGCUGGAAGUGCUCCGGCAGAGGGAGACAGCGGAGAAGAAGAGCCGGGCCCUUCAGCGGAGCAGCAGGCACUCUCGCUUCGGCGGCUCCUACGUGGUCCAGGGGCUGAAGUCCAUCGGAGACAGGGAUGUGGUCUUCCACAAGAGCCUGCCCCGCUUUCAGACAUACAGCCCAGACUUGGGGAAGGACGCUCGUUAUGUGCCCCGGCGCCGGCAGCCUGCUCCAGAGUCCUCUGUCCAGCGCCGCUCGGCCCUCAAUGUACGGCUUUUCCUCCGUGACUUCUGCUCCGAGUUCCUGGAGAACUGCUACAACCGCCUCAUGGGCCUGGUCAAGGACCACCUACUCCGGGAGAAGGCGCAGCAGCACGACGAAACCUACUACCUGUGGGCCCUGGCCUUCUUCAUGGCCUUCAAUCGAGCCUCCAACUUCCGGCCCGGCCUGGUCUCCGAGACUCUCAGCGUCCGCACCUUCCACUUUAUCGAACAGAACCUUACCAACUACUACGAGAUGAUGCUGACUGAUCGGAAGGAGGCGGUCUCGUGGGGUCGCCGAAUGCACCUCGCCCUCAGGGCCUACCAGGAGCUGCUGGCCACAGUGAACAGGAUGGACGCAUCGGCAGACGAGGCUGUGAGGGAGAGCAGCCGGAUCCUCAAGAACAACGUCUUCUACGUGAUGGAGUACAGAGAACUCUUCCUGACCCUCUUUCGGAAAUUCGAUGAGACUCGCCAGCCCCGCUCCUAUCUCCGCGACCUGGUGGAGACGACCCACCUCUUCCUGAAGAUGCUGGAGCGUUUCUGCCGGAACCGAGGGAACCUGAUGGUGCAGAACAAAAGAAGAAGGAGGAAAAAGAAGCCGAAGAAGAAGGCGCUGCCUGGGGCGCCAGCCUCUGAGGGCAGUGCUGCCCAGCACCCAGAGGGAGCAGAGGGCAUGUGGCAAGCCCUUGCUGAGCAGCUGAGGCACUGCGCCCAGAAUUCAGAGCUCGCUCCUGACUCUGUGGUCCCUUUUGAUGCCGCUUCUGAGGUGCCCGUGGAAGAACAGCGGACUGAGGCCAUGGCUCGGAUCCAAGACCGCCUCCUGGCUGGUCAGGCCCCCGAGGCCCUCACCCUCCUGCGGGCAGCCAGAGAAGUGUGGCCAGAAGGGGACGCCUUCGGCUCCCCGGAGCUCUCUGCAGAGGACGAAGUUGAGUUGCUGCAACACAUCUUCUCAGCUCAGUUUCCCCGUCAGCCUGAGCCUGAGGACCGAGGUGGGGAGGAAGGAGAAGGUGAGGAGGACCAUGAAGAGGAGGAGGAGGAGGAGGAGGAGGAGCUGCAGGCCAUCCAGGUCUCGGAGAAGGAGUUUAGCUUCCUGGACUACCUGAAGCGGUUCGCGUGCUCCCACGUGGUCAGAGCCUGCGUGCUCCUGCUGAAGGACUACAGGGAGAAUUCCCCCCACACCAACCACUGCGCCAUCAAGAUGCUCCACCGACUGGCCCACGAUCUCAAGAUGGAGGCCUUGCUCUAUCAUGUCUCCCUCUUCUGCCUCUUCAACAGGCUGUUCAGCGACCCUGCCUCCGGAGCCUACAGAGAAUUAGUCACUUUUGCCAGAUACAUACUGGGCAAAUUCUUCGGGCUGACGGAAGUUAACCGCAAGGCCUUUGUGGAGCUUCUGUUCUGGAAGAACACAGCUGUGGCCCGGGAGAUGACGGAGGGCUACGGUUCUCUGGAUGCCGAGUCUUCUAACCGAAAAGCCCCCAAGUGGAAUCCAGAGGAGGAGAAGCAGCUACGGGAGCUAUACCUGGCCCACAAAGACAUAGAAGGGGAGGAUGUGAUAGAAGCCAUCUUGGCCCGCCUGGAUACUAGGACUCGUUCUCGAAAACAAGUCAUCCACCAUCUGGUUCGACUUGGACUGGCCGACAGCGUCAAGGAUUUCCAGAGACCCAGGCAGGUGAAGGGGAUCAACGUGGUUUUAUGGACGGAGGAUCAGGAGUUAGAGCUGCACCGGCUCUUUGAGGAGUUCCAGGAUUCAGAUGAUGUCUUGGGUCACAUCAUGAAGAACAUCACGGCUAAGCGCUCUCGGGCCCGGGUGGUCGAGAAGCUUCUGUCCCUGGGGCUGGUGACAGAACGCCGGGCCUUGUACAAGAAACGCCAGAGGAAGAAGCCUGUGAGUCCCGGGCUCGUGAGCGGCCUCUGGGUACCACCUGGAAAGGACCCCCUGAAGGUCCCUGACCAGGAGGAUGAAGAGGAGGGGGAGGAACAGCAGGAGGAGGAGGAGGAGGACAGUGAGGAGGAUGAAGAAGGCCCAGGGGCAGAAGCAGCUGAGGGCUCCCCAGUGCCCCUACCCCAGAGCCUGAGGCAAAUCCUGCAGGAGGAAGACUUCUCUGCCCCCCUUCUGUGGCUCCAGAACUGCCUGAUCCGGAUUGCUGACGACCGGGAGGAGGCUGGCUGCACCCAGCCAGUGCCCUUGGUGCCUCUGACAGAGGAGAACGAGGACGCGAUGGAGAGUCCGGCCUUCCAGAGGCUGCUCAGAAAGUUAGGGAUGCGGCCCCCAGCCUUGGAACAGGAAUCUUUCUGGAGAGUUCCAGCCCAGCUGAGCCCCGCAGUGCUGCGGACAGAAGCCGCUUCUUUGGCUCAGGCUGGCCUUAUGGAGCAGGAGCUGGGGAAGGAGCAGCCGCCUCCCACCCUGGAGGCCCUCCUGCCAGCUGGGAAACGGAAGCGAGACCCCAGGCUGCCAGCCAUUUCAGAAGUAGUGGCCGAGGAGCCAUCAAGUCCUGGGCCCCAGAAGCCUCUGUCACCGGACAGUGCCGGGGGGCAGGGGAUGGAUGGAAGCAAGGACAGAGAUCUCCUGGAUUCUGAGCCGGACUCCCCUGAGGCCCCCAGAAUCCCCAAGAGGAGGCGGUUUCUGAUAGAGGAUGAAGAUGACUGAGGAGUGGCCCCUCUGGCAGGCUUUGGUGUGACUGAAAAGAUGCCCCCGUGCCACUCCCCAAGGCUUGGGUCCAGGGAGACCCCCGUGUGGGGCAGCCUGGCCAAGGGGGCAGCAGGGGUUUCCCUCUCGAAGCUCUCCCUGGGGGAGACUUUGUUUCCGGGUCCUUGGAGAGCAGGCCCCUGCCCCAGGCCUGGGUUCCCUGCCUCAUCCCCCAGCUUUGGAGCCUGGCGUGGGAGGGGGGUGGCUCACAGGUGCUUCUGGUUCUGUGCUUUGUUGUGAAAUUAAAGCAACAAAUAGUCCCUUCCUCUGUGGGCUUGAA